AUGCCAAAUAAGACAUCAGUUAGUGAAUUUAUUCUUCUGGGACUUACAGAUGACCCAGAACUACAAAUUGUGAUAUUCUUCUUUAUGUUCAUCACAUACUUACUGAGUGUGAGUGGAAACAUGACCAUUAUAACCUUAACACUGUCAACUAUUCAUUUGAAAACACCCAUGUACUUCUUCCUCAGGAAUUUUUCUUUUUUAGAGAUUUCAUUUACAACAGUCUGCAUUCCUAGAUUUCUGAUCAGCAUUGCAACAGGGGACUCAACCAUAUCCUAUAAUGCUUGCAUGACACAAGUAUUUUUUCUAAUAUUUUUGGGAGCAACAGAGUUUUUUCUUUUGGCUGUCAUGUCCUAUGAUCGUUAUGUGGCUAUCUGCAAACCUCUACAUUACAUGACUAUCAUGAAUAACAAAGUAUGCAACUGUCUUUUACUCAGCACCUGGCUUGCUGGUUUUCUCAUAAUUUUUCCCCCAAUGGUUAUGGGCCUUCAGCUGGAUUUCUGCGACUCCAAUAUUAUUGACCACUUCACCUGUGAUGCUUCUCCUAUGCUGAUGAUUGCCUGCACUGACACAAAGUUUCUGGAACUAAUGGCAUUUCUCUUGGCAGUAUUCACACUCAUGGCAACUUUGACCUUGGUGAUUCUAUCCUACACACUCAUCCUUAGAACUGUUCUGAAGUUCCCCUCAGCACAGCAAAGGAAAAAGGCUUUUUCUACCUGCUCCUCCCAUAUGAUUGUAGUUUCCAUUUCUUAUGGAAGUUGCAUUUUUAUGUAUGUGAAAACAUCUGCAAAAGAUGGUGUAGCUCUAAGCAAAGGUGUAGCAGUCCUUAAUACCUCUGUUGCCCCCAUGCUGAAUCCCUUUAUUUACACCCUCAGGAACCAGCAAGUGAAACAGGCCCUUAAGGACUUCACCAAAACACUAUUAUCAUCACACAAGCAAUAA